UAAACUGUUAGCUUAAUGAGAACUGGCUGUCAGGUUACCCAUCUCCUCUCCAGGGAAGCCAAGCAGGAAGGUGGCAACAAAAAUAACAUCAGUGAAAACUUGUUCUUGCCAGUGCAAAGAGAGUGGAGGACACUAUAAGAAGCAGAAACAUAUUUCUGCAUUUGUGAAGUCUUCAAGUAAUGAUGAUGAUAUUUCCAAAAUCCAAAGUAGUUUGCAAAGAUUGGAUAUCAUUUCUGAAGUUGGAGAAGGAAACCUGAAGAAUUUGUCUGAUGAGAAUACAAAACAAAGGCAGUUAGGUCCCCAAACCACAGAGAAACAAUCAAGUUAAAAUUUAAUUACCUUUGUAGUAAUUUGGCUCAUAGUACUGAAAACGGUGCUGAACAAGUGAACCAAAAUAAAAUUAGAGAAAUAAACUUGGACUGUGGUUUAAAACAGAAGAAAGGCACAGAAGCAUUAACCUUUAAGAGACGGGCCAUUUAAAGUGAGCCGUGCUAAGCUUUAGCUCGCUCACGAUGAUGUCAUCAUCUUUCCUGUGACGGAUUCCAUCCCCACUAUGCAGUAUCCUGACGUCAGUCACGUGGUCCCGUGUACCCUCUUGUAAAGGGGAGACUUGUGCAGUGCAGUCGUUUAGACCAAGUCGACUUGGAAGGUUGUUUACUAGCCAGCAGGUUGGUGGUGGAAAAUAUUGGUUUCGGCUGGGGCUGUUCUAAAUUCCCUUUGGUGUUAUCUGCUGGCCGGUAAGGACUGCCCGCCAUCGCAAGCCGUUGCAGGAAUGCUUGCGACGCGCGUAUUGGUUUUGGUUUGGUUUUUAGUCUCAGAAUUCAGACUUGCGUUUGUAUGGCAGGAGGGCUUAACGUCUUGAUAUUUCUAGCGUCGACACAAGUGGUGCCGACGGGAAAUAGUUAGUCUAAAUGACCUUGUCUUUGUUUCUUGGUCAAAUGUGUCUUUUUUGUUAUUUAUGUAUUGUUAUAUUUUGUUAUUAAAUUGUAUCUGGUUUUAUCUAAGCCAACGACUGAGUGUAGCUUCCUCCUCCUAGCUUGGAUACCCCAUCUCCAUCUAGGGGAGCGUGAGAACCAACAAUAGAGCCAGUAACGAUUGCGCUGUGCCCUUCCUCUUCGUAAUAAUAAUAAUAAUAUAAUAGUACUCAGUGGAGAGGAAGACGAAGGGCGCGGUGCAGAUGGUAGCAGAGCGUGGUUGUCGUUAAGAGAGAGAUUCUCUCUUGUUUCGAAGUCCCUGUCCUGGUUAAGAGACGUAGUGUUUGAGUGUACGUACUUUUGGAACAAGGUGUUGCUGGCUCGGGCAGAGAGUACUGCUAUUUGCACUAACGUUAUUGUUGUUGUGUUCCAUGCUUGUAUGAGAUGCCGUUAGCGUGGAUUUACGACUUGUCCAAGCAGCAGGCGGAGGAGUUGGCCCGUCAACUGGGCCUGUCUACUGACGGAACGCUGGAUGACUUGCGAAAACGAGUUAAGGAAAAAUGGACCGCCAUCGAGCCCUGCUUGCCUUCUCCAAGUACAGCUAAGUCGUCUGUAGUUACGAAGCCUGUUUUGCAAAGUACUGAUUCUGUGGGUUAUCAGGGGUACUGUUUAAGUAAGGUCAAACUUAAGUUGGCGACCGAUUUAAUUUCGGCUAUUCCGGUACUGUCUGUUACAGACCCGGAAGAAAUUUUAACGUUCUUGAUCCGGGCAAAAGGAGUUUUUGACCUAAAAUUGGUUUCAGAUUCUGAGUUCAUGGCGCUUCUGGUUAGCAGAACGUCGGGAAGGAUUACGCAAAUCCUGGGAGCACACGUAGGGACGACCCAAUGCUGGGGACUGGUUCAAACGGAAAUAAUUUCCACGUUUCGUCCUUGUCGUGUGAAGGAACGGUUUUUAGCGUCGCAUGUCCUUGAGAGGUUCCAAUCUCCAGGUGAAGAUCUGAAUAGUUACAUCAUGUCAGUUGUAGCAGCGGUGGAUAUCCUAGGAUUUUCUGGCUCGGAAGCUCAGUUAGUGCAGCGUAUGCUGCAGAAUUUACAUCCCAAGGUAAAAUCGUAUUUAUUAUUUGCAACUCGGCCCGAGUCUAUUAAAGAUUUGUUUUCGCUCGCUACUACUGUAGCGGAAGCAGUGGCGGUCGAGAACCAGCGUAAGCGGACGACUGCCUCCGCUCAACAGGGGUGUGUCUCCCGGCCGGUUGCAAGUGGUAUGGUAAUAGGCCAGACACCUGCUGCCAAGGCCGAUUCUAGACGCAGGUGCUGGGGAUGUGGAGCUCCUGGGCAUAAUUUGCGUGACUGUCCAUCUAGGCCUCACCAGAGGCGGGCUCCCGGAAGUUCGGGAAACGAUCUCGGCGCGCGGGAGUAAGUGGUGGGUCCCGAGUGCCGAAUCUAAGUCCACCUCGCAGAGUUUUCUUUCCUAGGGAUUCGCGGCCCUCUCCCUUCGUGACCGUACGUAUUGGGGACUUUUGUUUACCGGCGAUGUUAGAUUCCGGCUCCUCUCGAUCCUUUAUAAGAUGCGACGUCUUAGAUACUAUUAAAGGAUCGAACUUGCCUUAUACCGUCGAGACAAUGGAGGAACGAUGUUUGAUGGCGAACGGGGAAUCGUGUGUUCUCUCACGGGUCUGCGUGUUGGGAAGUAAGAUACAUUCCUUUUCUUGGAAGUUUGGGUUUUUAGUCUUAGAUGACUGCCCCGUUCCGUGUAUUUUGGGUGUUGAUUUCUUGACGUUCGCACAAGUGCGAAUAGAUUUUUCCGCCCGUAAAUAUUAUUUUUUCUCCCAGCCUGACAGCGAGUUCGACUUUGAGUCCAUGGAUUUGGGCAAGGUGUAAUUCGUAGGAAUUCCCGUGUUCCUAUGACGCAGUGGAGAAACUCCUGUGUGGAUCGUACCUGGAGCAUAAGGAGUUUUCUCUGUUCACGGCCAACCAAGCGUUGGCAUGGUUGCUGCGCCACUCCAAGGAGUUGGGUAGAAUUGGAUGAUGGGUUUUGCGUCUGGUGCCCUUUUAGUAGAGUGAGCCACAUGUGUGGCAAGGCUAAUGUCGUGGGCGAUUGUCUUACGAGACAAUAUGAGGAACUGGCUGAAGGAGUUACGCAGUCCAAGCUGUCCUCGCUAGCUCUAGCCUUCAACGCAGCGUGGCACGAGUUGUCUGCAGCGACUCCAGCCUCGCUGUUUCUCGGUCGAGAAUUGAACCAUCCCUUGGGGCUAAAAUGGAACUUGUCCCAACUGGACCUAGAUAAGGGUGCUAGGAGUAGGGAGGAAUUCUGGGAGACGGCCUUAAAUAAUUUGGGAAAGGCCCGCGCCAGGGUUGCUGCACGCUAUGACGCAGGGAGGAGACGAGCAGAGUUUCGUGUGGGCGAUUUGGUCCUAGUGAGAACGCAUCCGUUAAGUUCGAAGUCCCAGCAGCGUUCCGCCAAGUUGGACUAUAGGUGGUUUAGACCACUUAAGAUUGUAAGAUUCCUUUCUCUGGUAACAGUUCAGUUGGCAAAUUUAGAUACUAGAGUGAUUACAUUGUGUAUUGGUUUGGUCUGUCAUUCAGAUGUUUCUAAAUGAUGUAUUAUUUGGUAUCAUUUGGCCCGAAGGAUGUAUUUACUUGCUAUUAACUUGCUAAAUGAUGUAUUUGGUUGUUCGUUAACUGUACAAUU